CCAUCCUCAGCCGUUUGAUCUUCACGGACCCCCACUUUAUAUGCUCCCACGAAACACUAACCCUAAAAGAGCAACGGAGGAACACUCGGUCGCCUUUUCUGUGUUUGCCGGCGCGUCCAUCAGAGAAAGAAGUACCAAGAGUAAAUCAUGGGUAAGGUUCACGGAUCACUGGCACGUGCCGGGAAGGUGAGGGGUCAGACCCCAAAGGUGGCCAAGCAGGACAAGAAGAAGAAGCCGCGAGGCCGCGCCCACAAGCGCAUGCAGUACAAUCGCCGCUUCGUCACCGCCGUCGUUGGAUUCGGGAAGAAGCGGGGACCCAAUUCUUCAGAGAAGUAAGCGGCUUCCUGUGUUAAGGAGUUUUGUUAGUGGAUGCAGUGGUUAAUUAUGAAACACUAGCUUUAUAAUUUUUAUAUUUCAGUACUGCAUAUUUUCCAGAAUUUGUUUUAUUUGAGAGACUUUUGUGAGGUUUAAGCUUGGAAGUUAUAUAGCAUGCGUUGAUUUCGAGCUUA